AUGGCAUUGGCGAUAAUAAGUUUGAAACCUCCUCCAAACGUUGAUCCAACGAAAGCCACUUUAGCCUACGGGAGGUUAGCCAUAAAAAGAAUUAAUAGAGAAUUGAAAGAUACGGAUCUAGUAACACGCCAACGCGCUGUUAAAGCUUUAUGUGAUUAUUUGCAUGAUCCUGAGCAUAUUGAAGAAGCAAUUAAUGAAGGCACUAUUUGUUCGUUGAGCUUUUUGCUAAAAGACCCCGACAUACCUUGUAGGGGAUAUUCAACAGAAUGUUUUGUAAUCAUCUGCCAACACGCAAUAGGUCGAACCGCUACGUUGAGGCACAAUAUUUUGGAGUCUUUCGAGCCUCUUCUAGAUUUUAACCAACCCGAUAUAAUCAGACUAAAUACGCACAGAGCUAUCGAACUUUUGACCACGAAUUUAACAGGUGUACAGGCAGUCAUUGAAGCAAAAUACAUUGACUUAUUAGUGAGAUGUGUUGAGAAAGAAGUGGAUGAAAUUAAGAUUAUUGUAUUGAACACUUUAUAUCACUGCUUCAGUUUUGAAACCGAAGAAGGACUAAACGCCGGCGGGAUACCACUGUUUACUAAACUUCUCACUCAUUCAAACACAGAAAUCAGAACACGCGCAGCUCAAAAUAUUUUGCGUUUAUGUGUAAAUCUAAGAGGUAAACAAGAAGCUUUGGAUAAUGAAACAAUUCCUGCAUUAGUUUCUCUGUUAAAUGAUCCAAGUGAAGAUUUGAAAGCAUUUUCUGCUGGAGCAUUAGGUUUUAUAUGUACAACAAAUCAUGGUCGUUAUACUACUUUAAAUGCUGGUGCUAUUCCUUUACUUCUUAAUUUGAUUGAUGAUAAAUGUAGUCGAGUAAGAGUUAAUACUUUCAAGGUUCUAACUUGUUUAUCUGAGACACCUGAAGGUCGAAGGAUUCUAUUGGAUCAUUUAAAUAAAAUAUCACCACAUGUAACUGAUAUGAAUGCUGCUGUAGCGAAACAUGCAAAAAUAGCUCUAUCUGUUAUCACUUGGCAACCUUAA